CUGCCCAUCAUCGGACGCUGCUCUGGUCUCGAGCAUCUCGCAUCUCGCAAGCCGCAUCUCGCAAGUCGCAUUCGUCCCCGCUGGGCUGCUCAAGACCCUUCCUGCGUCCGUCCGUUCAGUUGCGCACCCGUCGCCGUCUGCAUUGCCGCCCCGGUCCAAUUCGUCUCCCCUGCUCGCCAUGCCCGCUCCAAGAUCCGUCUCGGAGGUCUUCCACGACAACACCUUCUACCUGCCCUUCAGCUACGGCCUGGUGCUGCUUCCGGUCGUGUACUUUGCGGUUCCGCGGCUCCUGCCAAGAUACUUUUCGACCUCCAAGGCAAAGGCAUGGAUCCUGACCAUGGUUGCGGCCUUGACGAUGACGCUUGGCUCGCUCCCGGUCCUGUGGGACUUUUUCACGCAGCCGCACUCGGCAGCCGCCUGGGCCAGCCUCGAUGCGUCGCUGUCUCGGGGCCUGUGUGCCUUCUUCAUAACCUAUGUGAUCCAUGAUCUGGUCCUGGGCCACUUUUUCUACCCGGAGCACAUGGAUCCCUGGUCAGGCUAUUUCCACCAUACCCUCUACACCUUCCUGGUCUUCAACAUCGUCCGCUACCGCAUCAGCAGUCUCUUUUCCAUGGUCGGCAUCAUGGAGCUGCCCACCUUGAUCAUGUCGCUGGGCUGCAUCAACAAGUCGCUGCGCAACGACGCUCUCUUUGGCGGCUCUUACCUCGCCACGCGCAUCCUGUUCCACAUCUACUGCAUCUACCACUUUUAUCUGUCCUUCAUUCCUGCCGGACGGCCCCUUGGCUUCAUCAUCUCGGUUGCCGUUUUCCCGCUCCAUGUCAUGUGGUUCCGUGGAUUUAUCAAGCAACAGCUGCGUCUCCACCGCCAGCGCAAGGAGCAACAGAAGCAGGCCGCGCUGCAGGCUGCUCCCAAGAACCCGGAGCCCAAGCCCAAGAGCAACCGGCCUGCCCGCCAAAAUAAGCAGCAACGGCGACUCAGCGUCAGCAGCUGAUCGCUGCAAGCUGGACCGGAUGACUGGCUGGGCUGUCCGACAUGUCAUUGUCACUGGCCAUAUACUUUCGAGAGCUCCACUGCGCUUGACGCUGGUUUUCCUCCUUUCUCCUCCUCUCAUGAAUUCUCUGGUGUAUGUCUCCCGCCCUUCCCUUCACCCCCCCCCUUCACUCCUCCGUGGACACUGGCAUGUGCUAGAGGUGCAAUGAUUCCUGAAGCUUCCACCCUCGCCCAAUAUACAGCGUUUAAAUGUA